UCUGUCUCUUAGUAACAAGUAUUCGGUACCUUUCUGCAAUGCGCAUGCUUCCAAGGAUGCAAAAGUUUUGGACGUCAUUGUGGAGGUUUGUGUUGCAGGCAGUGUUGAAGAUGUCACUACUGGGAUCCGCAGCAAUAAACCAGGGUCGCCAUCUUGGGCUCCAGCAGCUAGAAGUCAUGUCUGCCUCCACUCAUUCUUUUCUGGGCCCCAACAAAUGCUACAAACUAAUCCAAGAUGAGGCGAGUGGGGACUCAGCACUGGUCUGCUCAUGUUAUCGUUUACUGGAACAGCUAGAGCUCACCAACUCUGUGGGGCAACUGCUACACGAGACCACUCGGACCCAGCAGGAGGUGCUACACUCAGGCACAGCCUCACUGCUUUUCCUGACUGGUAUCUGGAGCAGGGUGGCCCUGGAGUGCCUUCACAAAGGCAUUUCCAUUCCACAUAUAAUGGCCGGCAUGUCCAAAGGCCUGGAACUGUGCAUGGAGGCCUGUAGGUGUAGUGCAGUGACUGUGGAGGUGGUCUGCAUGACUGCUUUACAGAGACUGAGGAAGAGGCAGCUGAGCAAGAGUGAUUGUAUGACUACUGCUUUUGGCUUACCUGCAGAACCUUCCGUAUCUGCAGGUGUGAAGGAAACAACUCAGGACACUGUCAAGACCCUGAAUGAAGAACUUAAACUUUGUUCCAUUAAAGAGGAGCUUCGGCCAAAGUGCAGAAUAAAUCUCAAACACAGCAGACAUUUUCAGUCAAGUGACAGCAGAGAGGCAGAGGAGACACAAACAAUGGCAACCUUUAACACGCAAGAUUCAAAAGAUUUUGACCUAGUUCAGCUGGCUGACGCUGUUAACCAUGGAUGUGAGAUGUCCAUGAAUUUAGUGAUUGAGGCUAGCAGGAUUCAGUACAGACACAGGCCUGGAGAUCAAAGCUGCACAGUGUUGGAUGUUGAUAGGUUGGCGACAUGCCCAUUGCCCGGACUGUCUGAGGAGAAUUCCUGUGUUUUCAGUGGGUAUGUUGUAUUGUUGUCCACUGAGCAGGCAAUAGUAGCUAAACAUUUUGAAGAUCGGGCAUUAACAAUUGGCCUUGUGAAUGGUGAUCUGAGUAAACAGUACACUCAUGUAGGUUUUAACAGGCCUAAAAAUGUCACAUACUUUUGUGAUCACUCUAACUUGACCAGAGUCAGUCACGAGAAGAAGUGGGAAGACCAAGCAUUGAGAAUAGUACUGAACCUCAGUAUCAACAUUCUUCUUGUGAGUGGAGUGGUCACCCAGCAGCUAAAAGAUCACUGCCUCAGCCACAACAUCCUGGUUAUUGAGCAUGCAAGGGCAGCCAUUUUGAAAGCCUUUGCCAUGAGUACAGGAGCUGUUCCCAUCUCGUAUGUCACACAGCUCAGUGAGCGAUGUGUGGGUGCUGGAGUCCGAGUGAAUGUGCUGAGAGAAUAUCACGGGACAGGGAAGGCCCAGAUGGCAGUGGUGAGCAUCGAUGCCUGCGGUAUGACACUAGCCACGGCGGUCCUUGCUAGUUCAGUACAUGCCAAGCUCCAGAGCCUGGAAGAUCGGUUCUGGGGCUGUGCUUAUCGGGUGCAUCAUGCUCUCAAAGAUGGAAAGCUGUUGCCUGGUGCAGGUGACACCGAACGGUUGUGCAUUCAUCAGCUCCACAAACACAUGAGCAAAAGCAGGCCUGAGAAGCAGGGAAGAGGAGACGAGCCUUCAAAAGGCAUACAGACAGAAGAGUCAAGACUGGCAGCAGCGUAUGAACAGGUGGUUCUGCAGCUGAUGGCAGAUGGCUGGAUGGACUAUAUUUCCACUCUGUUGGUGAACUGUGGUCAGACUGUGACCAAAGCGCAAGCAUGCACAUACAUAGCCCAACAACUAAGAGAGUUGCCAGGGGCUCCCCUGAAAAAAGACAUCUACAUGGGUAUGGCACAGGGAGACAGAGGGACUGAAGGGAAGAGGAUGUUGGAGAGAGAAAGUGAAAUGGUGGGAGUGUAUGAUAAUAUGACAGUAAAGUUUGAGACUUGGAGGAGAGCUCUCGAUCUAGUGCUUUUGGUCCUUCAGACAGACACAGAGAUUAUUACAGGAAUAAAUGAGAAAAAUGCCGAGCACAGAGACUUCAUGUUUCUUUGACAUGCUUUGCGAAGAGUUGUUUAGGUCAACCAUUUUCUUUUUGUCCCCUCUAAGUACACAUUAAAUAUAUAUGAAGCACUUUGCACAACCGAUGAAGGGCUUCUGUACAAAAACGUCCUGCUAUAUAUUUUUUUUCUUUGUAACUGAUUUAAAGGUUUGUAUGUAUUUAUACUUAUUUAAAAUCAGGACAGAGUAAACAUUUUAAGUCACAUCAGGCGUAAGAAUCCUUGUUCUUAAUUUUUUUUGCGAAAUAUAAUUCAGAUUGAAUGCCAUGAAGUAAGUUUCUGAGUUAAGAAAAUGACUUUGCAGACUUAUGACUUUAUCGUAGUGUCAGCAUCUAGCUAACUUAUCUAUUAACAGAUCCUGUAUUCUAAUAAAGUCGGGAAUUA